AUGAAGUGCUUUGAGACUUGUUGCCUUUUGCCUCUUCUUCCUGCCAACGUGACCCUGGGAGGGGAGCAGCAAUGUGUAUGGAGUAAAGUGGAGAAGCUUCUUGAAGCUGAGAUCUGGGGCUCCAAAUACCUUGGUGUUCAUGUGUCAUCAGCUGACUUGCUGUUGAAAAGAAUCAAGAAUGCAGAACACUCCUUUGUGUCUAGUAACUGGACCCUGUGGACAUAUGGCAGGGUGAUGUGCCGCGUUAUCCUGCCUGUGUCUGUGGAGGAGUAUCAAGUGGGACAGCUGUAUUCUGUGGCAGAAGCCAGUAAAAAUGAAACUGGUGGAGGUGAAGGAGUGGAGGUCCUGGUUAACGAACCCUAUGAAAGAGAUGGAGAGCGUGGGCAGUACACACACAAGAUCUACCACUUACAGAGCAAAGUGCCAACAUUUGUGAGAAUGUUGGCCCCUGAAGGAGCUCUGAAUAUACAUGAAAAAGCAUGGAAUGCUUAUCCCUACUGCAGAACUGUUAUUACAAAUGAGUAUAUGAAGGAUGACUUCCUGAUCAAAAUUGAAACCUGGCAUAAAUCAGAUCUUGGAACACAAGAGAAUGUUCAUAAACUGGAGCCAGAUGUAUGGAAGAAUGUAGAAGCUAUUUAUAUAGACAUUGCUGAUCGGAGUCAAGUACUUCCCAAGGAUUACAAGGCAGAAGAAGAUCCAGCAAAAUUUAAAUCUGUCAAGACUGGACGUGGACCGCUGGGUCCCAACUGGAAGAAGGAGCUGGGGAAACAGACAGAUUGUCCAUACAUGUGUGCUUACAAACUGGUAACAGUCAAGUUCAAGUGGUGGGGUCUGCAAAAUAAAGUUGAGAACUUUAUACAGAAGCAAGAAAAGCGUCUCUUCACAAACUUCCAUCGGCAGCUCUUUUGCUGGCUUGAUAAGUGGGUUGAUCUGACUAUGGAGGACAUUCGUAGGAUGGAGGAGGAGACCAAGAGACAGCUGGAUGAGAUGAGAGAAAAAGAUCCAGUGAAAGGAAUGACGGCUGCAGAUGACUAA